AGCCGGCCGGCCCCGCCCUGUCCCGCCUCCGGAGCCAAAAACAGCUGCGGCGGCGCUGGGAAGAGGGAGAAGGGUAAGUGCGGCCGGGCAGGCGCAUUCCUUCCCUGCCUCCCUCCCUCUUGGCGGCGGCGGCGGCGGCGAAAUGUCUCACGGGGCGCCGGUGAUCCGCACCGACGUCAGCAGCGCGGGCGCCUCGACCUCUUCCUCCCCACCAGACUCCGGCCGGCUGGACCGAGCCUACGUGAGCUCCUGCACCGCCAUGCUGAAGGUGGUCCAGAUGUUGUUGCUGCUGAUUGCAUUCAUCUGCAUAAGGAACUCAGUAUGGACGGAUUACAGUGCAUACAGUUACUUCGAAAUUGUCACCAUGUGUGACUUCAUUAUGAUUCUUGUCUUCUACAUUGUUUACCUUUUCCGAGUUUACCGAUUGCUGACUUGCAUCAACUGGCCACUUGCGGAGUUUCUACAUUACCUAAUAGGUACCAUCCUACUUCUCAUUGCAUGUUUCGUGGCAGCAGCAAAAAGCUACAACAGUGGAGGACUUGUUGCUGGAGCGACAUUUGGCUUUUUAGCUACAUUCCUGUGCAUCUUAAGUAUAUGGCUAUCGUACAAGGUUUCAUGUGUGACUCAGUCAACAGAUGCUGCUGUGUGAGUCUUCUGUUCCUGCUGGAGCAAAGACGGGAGUAUACAUUAAGCCCAGAGAAGAGAUGGCUAAUGCAUGCAAGAUGGAACGGUGCACCGGUGGUUUUAAGGAUUUGAUUUAUAAUGGCUUCCAAACAUCAAGGGGAUGGCUAGCAGAAUCCUGCCUUCUGAAACUCUGUUCAGGUUCUCAACCUACAAGUGCAUCCAGCAGUCCAUGUGGUGUCCUUUCCUAAUAGCUGUUGCACACAGCUUGUGGAUCAUCUGCCGAGGAUUUUCAGUCUCACACGUAUGGAGUUGCUAUACUUGUGCACCCUGUCACUCUCUCUUUGAUUUCAAAAUGCCAAUAUGAAAGGUUGCAUUGCAUAGAUAAUAUGCCACUGCCAUUGCUAUGAGUGUACUGUCUUUUGCAUCAACAGUAUUCAAACCAUCUGGGAAGCUGAGUUGAAUGAGGACCUGCAUAAACUUUCAAGAUGGAAAAUAUAUUCUCCUUCCAGCCUCCAGUUAUGGCUGGCACAUGUUACAGAUCAACUAUGAAUCAGCAACUGUGAGCUUAUCAAUGGCUGUCUAAUGAGCCUGUCUGUUGCCUUUGCCUCAUUCCUGGUUUUGGUGCUUAUUGCCAGAAGAGGCAUUUUAUAAAUUGCAUUUUGAGUGUCUUACUGUGAAUGAACCAGAGUUUGCUUUGUAGUCCUAUCUAAUUUAAGUAUUGUACUGGUGAACCAUUUUUUUUUUAAAAAAAUCCUAUUUUAGCUCAAAAA